AUGGCGUCCUCGGACACCAUCCAGGUCGCCGCGGACGGCACCUUCUCGGCCCCGAUCACCAACUUCAACAAGGGGGUCGACGGCUCCCGCGAGAUUGCGAAGGUCAUGGUCGACCCGACCGGCACGGGCGACAAGAACAGCUUCGUCGCCGCGACGAUGGUCGAGAACGGCUCCGCGGCGCCGCCGACUUUGGGCACGGAGCAAAUCUCCGUCCAGCUCCCCGCGGGCAUGACGUGCGCCGGCACGGGCGGCAAGUGCAUCGUCUCGUUCAGGACCUUGAGCGGGUUCGGCAACUGCGUCGUCGUCCAACAGUCCUCGAGCGGCACCGCCGCGGCUGGGCGCAGGCGGGCGUUCAGGUUCGCCCGCACGGUGGUUUGA